AGCAAGGCUCUUGUCCUCAUCAGUCAUCAACUCGACAAAUACAACCAACAAACUACUCUCAUUCAAACCAUCUUUCAUCCAUUUUUUUCUUUCUGAAAAGAAAAAAACAACAAACAUACCGACCAAACUUGACGGAUGCAAAAGGGUCGGUUCGGUUUGAUUUUCGGUUAAAAUCAACGCGUAAUCCACAUAUUCAAAACUUGAUUUUUACCCUUAAUCAGAGGGGUACUGUCCUCUUAUUUCACAGUGCCAGAAACUAAUAGUACCAUGUGGAAAAAAAUUAAGAGGAGAGAGAAGGGGACCAAGUGGGUCAAAUAUUUGAAUCUUGAUAACUACAAGUCAAUGGCUGAUCAGUUGUUUGUUUGUUUGGUUGCACUGGUCGUUCCAGUACAGAUCAGAGAGCUGCUGCAGCCAAGGGACAAAAAAACAACCAAUCUUUCAACACAUAAAUAAACAAUAAAUCUGCAGAGAACUGAGUUGCAUUCUUUGGUGAUGGAAGAUGAAGCUAAGAAGAUGGAGAAACAGCCACAGAAACAGUCUAAGAGCAGGAAUUCGAGCUCGGAAGAAGUUACCAGUUUGGAGUGGAAACUCAUUCAAAUCAGUGAACAGGAGGAGGAUCUCAUAUGUAGAAUGCACAAGCUUGUUGGAGACAGGUUCUCUCUCUCUCUCUCUCUCUCUCUCUCUCUCUCUCUCUCUCUCUACCUUUCUCUUUCUCUCUCUGCUAUGCUAUCUGCCAUCGUCAUCCUCAUUCCGAACAUGUUUUGCUACUGUUACAUCGAACUUCAGGUGGGAUUUGAUCGCUGGACGAAUUCCGGGACGUACCGCAGUGGAAAUUGAGAGGUUUUGGAUCUUGAAACAUGCUUCCUAAGCCAUUUAUAUCUUUCCAGGUCGGAUUUGGAUUCGGAUUUGAUCGCUGCCCAAGAUGAUUACAUACAACUCUCUCUCUUUUCUCUCUCUAUCUAGAAUGAAAGGAAGAAUACAUACUAUAGCUUCGCAGGUGUACAAGAGAUUCAUAUUUCUCUUCUAAAAGGACUUCUCCAUUCCUCUGUCAAUCUUUUUGCUGCGUAUCCAAUCCAAAUUCACCUGUAUCUGAGAAAAGUUAAAGAAAGCACAGUUCUUAGAGACUAAACUGAUAUUAUGGGUCAUUUGUUUUCAAAUAAUCUCAAACAACAGUGAGCUUGUUCUGAAGAAUCUGAGACCAAGGGAUAAGCGAACGCUAAUAAGUGCAUUUGCAUAGCCAGAGCAUCUUUCCAUGAA